AUGUCCCAAGCGUCACUCACACCGACCAAGAAGGCUGCAAAUCAACUUACGGCUUCAGCACGCCCAGUCCAACAAGCCAAGAGUGAUGCACUGAAAAAUCAAGUUUGGAUGUCUGAGAAGAAUCCACGCAAGCGCGCAGCAUCUAACAUUGCUGAGCCCGACAUACCCAAGCAGGCACGAAUUCGAAAGAAAUCGCCUCCUCCAGUCAAUCAGAACACAGCACAGCUUUUUGACUCUGACUCCGAUGGAAACGAGUCAGACAACAAACUUGAGGAAUCAGAUGAAGAUAUUCAGGGACUCGACUCGAAGAAGCUCAAGGCUACCCUUGACUACAAGCGGCCUCUAUUUGCGCCACCCGACAAAACCAAUGGCAGCACUACUAGUGUUAACUCGCAUUCUCGGGCGAAUAGUUCUACCUCGUCGAUGAGGUCAAUUGCAAGUACACCAUCAGAUUCCGAUAACGAUGGCCUCAGCGAGGAUAAGGGUUUGACCAGCAAGAACUUAUCUGGGCCUCGCUACCGUCCUUUGAAGCAGAAAAGUUACAGUAAGACGAAUGAACAAGGGGCAUUGAAAGGAGGUAAACGCCUUCAGAAAAGAGAACAAGAGAAACCAACUUGGCGCACACCUGAGGUUGACCAUUCCAUCAGUGAUAGACCGCCUGCGGAUGAACAACUUGAAGUGACCGCAAAGUCUGUUCGUUCAUGUGAGGAUGACUGGCCUGCUCGUUGUCGUAUUGUGUACAGUGGUUCGGGCAAGGUCAAUCUAACAGAUCAGCAAGCUCACAUUCAAGACAUGAUCCACGCCUCAAUUACUUGCCUUCACAAACAUCUCUUGUUCGAAAACGCAUACCCGGAACUACAGCAACAGAGAAAGCUGAUGGCUGACAUCCUUAUGUCGUGUACCAAGGAUGGUGAGGAGUUUGAUGCAGUGAGAAAACGCCUUGCAAAGGACCCUAACCCGAAGGUCAGAUUGGGAGCAUCCAUGGCAACAUUUGAAAGGCAGCACAAGCGCCAAGCGCCCGCGGUUUUGGACACUAUCGAAGACGCUUUCUUCAGCGACGAGCUCGCAGCGGGACUAAAGUGGCACGAUGAUUUAACAUCAACACUGGAGGAUCAUCAUGACGAGGUGGAGUUACCCGUUGCAAUGGUGGCUCUCGCUAGCGCCGCGGUGUGUUCGGUGAUUAUGCAGUAUUCCUCCGAGAAAUACGACCGCGACUUCAACUUGGAGAUGUAUGGUGGAAUCUACCGAACACUGGUCGGCGUGUUGAACGGCAUUUUUCAGGCCAGCGAGCGAAAAUUUCACGUCCUCGUGCAUGGCUUAUACAAAUUUGUCCAUGGGUCGAAGCGCAAGACUGACGAGCCUGGCGCCGCCGAGAGUCUCAUGUUUCUUGAUAUCGAGGGUAUGGCGGAUGAAUGAUAAUUAUUGUGCAUUCUAUUGCAUCUCGAUUCGAUAUCUAAUAGAAUUUGCUUGAUAUAAUUGGAUUGGAUUGGGAAAGCGACCUGAAA